GGUCAGGAAUCUGGGGCCAGAAAAAAAAAAAAAAGAAAAAGAAAAAGAAUUUGGUGUGACAGCUUGUUUUUCGCUUUUCGAUUCGCCUUGCAGGAAGAUGUCGUAGUUACAAAUUUUAAAAAGGAUAACGAUAGUUUAGGCUGGGAGUUUUGCUAAAAAUGGUAUGUGUGAGUUUAUUCGUGCGAGAUCAAUUCGUCCACUUUUCGAUGGUGUUGUGAAUUUAUGAUUCCUUGUUACAGUUUUAGGAUAAAGUUCUACCACGCGGCGGGUGGGUGUCGGCCAUCACGAUUUGAAACUCCUGCUUCAACUUCAUCUUCUGCAGCAAUAGUUCAUGAAUCUUCGCUCUUCGAGUGUUCCAGUGACAAGAAUGUAGCCAAAUGGAACGUUAAGUUCAACGGCACCACGGAUCCUCGCUCAUUCAUUGAACGGAUAGAAGAGUUACAGGGUUGCUACGGGGUUUCGGAUGCCAAACUGUUCAGGUCUGCAGCACAGUUAUUUAGUGAUCAAGCUCUCAUUUGGUUCCGAGGAUUAAAACAUCAGCUCCGCUGAACAAGCUUACCAGCAAAGGAAAAAACGCGCCGAAGUUCCAGUGGACCGACGCCGCAGAGGAAGCCUUCACGGUGCUGAAAAAUGCGUUAGUCUCUGCUCCUGUCCUAGCCGUUCCAGACUUUGAAAAGCCUUUCAUCGUGCAUUGCGACGCAUCGUCGUACGGUUUAGGAGGUAUGCUGUCUCAGAAUAUCGAUGGUCAUGAACAUCCGAUUGCAUACGUAAGUAGGUCCUUGAAUAAAAGUGAAAGGAAUUAUAGCGCUACUGAGCGUGAGGCGUUAGCCGUAAUAUUUUCAGUAGAAAAAUUUCAAGCAUAUCUAGGUUCACGAACAUUCAAAAUCGUAACAGAUCAUUCAUCACUGAAGUGGUUCUUGAAUUUAGAAAACCCUUCAGGUAGGUUAGCUCGGUGGGGUUGUCGCCUGUCUCAGUUCAAUUUUGAAAUCGAACAUCGAAAAGGCACCGAUAAUGUGGUCCCUGAUGCCUUAUCACGUCUUAUGAAGGUAGAGGCCAUCCAUACGGCUCCAUCCACGCCUACAAUGAGUAUGAGAGAUGAAUGGUACGAUAGAAUUUUAAAUGGUUGUAGAUCUCAUCCGACAAACUUUCCAAAUUUCAUGAUUAAAGAUAAUACUCUUUAUCGAUUUAGUAAAAGUAAAUAUAAUCUCACUAGUGAAUUUGAUUGGAAAGAGGUAGUUCCUAAGGGAAUGAGAUCUAAAAUCAUUCGAGAAAAUCAUAGCGAGGCUACAGCAGGUCAUUUAGGUAUUUUCAAAACACAUAGACGCUUAUGUCUUAGGUAUUUUUGGCCAGGAAUGUAUAAGGAUGUGUUAGAAUUUGUGAAUGCAUGUGAUGUAUGUAAAGCGUAUAAACACUCUACACAGGCAACGCCCGGUUUAAUGGGUAAACCGAAGGUUUGUUCGCGACCGUUUCAGGUAGUGUCAGUGGAUUUGGUUGGUCCGUUGCCACGAUCCCGAUCCGGUUACACCUUCCUUUUGGUAAUUACGUGUUGCUUUUCGAAAUAUACACUUCUUUUUCCCUUACGUCGUGCAACUUCAGCCUUGGUGGCUAAACAUUUCGAAAAUGAUGUCGUUUUGGUACAUGGGACGCCAGAAACCAUAAUCCUUGACAAUGGCAGCCAAAUGACAGGUUCAGAAUUCAAAAAUGUCAUUGCGCGCUACAAUAUACCAAAACUUCAUUAUACUCCGAAAUACACCCCCCAGGUAAAUUUGGUAGAACGUUAUAAUAAAACCAUUAUG